CCACAGACUUACGAAUAAAAUACAUGUCCAGUAGUAGCGGUAGCUCGUGGCAAGGCGACCGAAACAACAGCUGAUUACUUGUUGGGUGUACGGUGAACUGAUUGUUAGCCCCACGCUGGCUAGCUUUGUAACCGUGAAACGAAAAGUUUCCUAUCGUAUCGCCAAAGCGCGAUGCCGUCACUAACCUGCGUUUCUGGGCCAUGGACUCGAACGGCGGCCCGUCGCCUGAGCCAACAAGCACGGCCCGACGGCCACGACACCGGCAUCCGCGUGUACGACCCCAUUGGCCGUGCCAAGGUACCCCUCAAGCUCCAGCACGAGCGCGUCGCCAAGUGGUACUCGUGCGGACCGACCGUGUACGACUCGAGUCACGUCGGCCACGCCUACACUUACCUCCGCACCGACAUCAUCCGCCGUAUCCUCGGCCGCUUCUUCGACGUCGACGUGGUCAUGGUGAUGGGCAUCACCGACAUCGACGACAAGAUUAUCGCGCGCGCCGUUCAGCUGGGUGAGACACCAGAAACGCUGGCACGUCGCUACGAACGUGAAUUCCGCGAGGACAUCGCCAAGUUGGGCGUCCUCCCGCCUACGUUGUACGCACGCGUGAGCGAGUACGUACCCAGCGUCGUCCGCUUCUGCGAGGUCCUGCGGGACAAGGGGCACGCGUACGCCGCGCCAGAUGGCUCGCUCUACUUCGACGUCUCGCAGAGGCCCGACUACGGGCUGUUUCGAGCACCGGGCAUGGGAUCGUCCAUUCCGGUGGUCGGCGUCAAGCGCGACCCCCGCGACUUCGCCCUCUGGAAAGGGGCCAAGCCGGGCGAGCCCCAAUGGACGUCUCCGUGGGGGCCAGGCCGCCCCGGCUGGCACAUCGAGUGCUCGGCCAUGGCGAGCGAGUUGCUCGGAGACUCCGUCGACAUCCACACGGGAGGGAGGGACCUGGCGUUCCCGCACCACGAAAACGAGGAAGCCCAGAGCCGCAGCAGGCACGGCAAAAGCCGCUGGGUGCGGCACUGGCUCCACAUGGGGCAGGUCAUGGUGGCCAAAGGGGGCACCGACGCGGUAAAAAUGUCCAAGUCGGCAGGCAACACGUUGCCUUUGCAAACGGUCCUGGAAGACCAUUCGGCAGAGACACUCCGUCUGCUGUGUCUGCGCAGCCACUACAGUGCAGAUGUCGUGGUGGGACCGGAAGCCCUCCACCAGGCACAGGUCAACCUAAACAUGCUCCGCGACUUCUGCGCUAAUGCGGGUUCUUACGUCCGUGGCGAGCUUCCUACGAGGGAGUUGAAUGAACCGGAGCUGCUGGGACAGCUGGCCUACUUGAAGAUUCAGUUACGAGAGGCGAUGGCGGACGACUUGGACUACUCCCAAGCGACUGCGCGCGUCCUCAAAUUGGCGUCGCGACUCAAUGGGCGUCUACAAGGACCUUGCGCGCAGACCAGUGCUGCCGGUGCCUGUCGUGGUGCCAUUGCCGCAGCGCUCGUGUUGGUGUCUCGCUUCUUCGGUGACGUGGGCGUCGAACUUGCCACGAGAGACACUCUCGCGAGUGCAUCUGAAACAAGCACUGCGCUUGUGGUGGACAGUGUGGUGGCCUUUAGGUCUGCGGUGCGGCAGCAUGCCCUGGCUCAUAAGGACUCUAGUCGUCCCCUCCUGGAAGCAUGUGACAGUCUCAGAGACCAGCUGGCUCUGGAGGGCGUGCAGAUCAAGGACAGGGGUAGCCAGUCCUCCACGUGGGACAUAGUGCCCGUGGGGGGUAACCGGGGGAAGUCGCAAAAAAAGGAGCAAUGAAUCGGUUUUGAACUUUUA